AUGGAGAACGGAUUUCUUGAUAAAGUAGAGGACAAUGCUGCUGUCCAUGUGUGGUCAGAGAAAGCACAAUCAGAAAAAGGAGAUAGUCUAGCCGAGGGGUAUAUGUCGGAGUUAUGGGACUACACCUGCAUUAGUGUGACGCAAAAUAGCCUUCAGGAAUUAAAGAUAAUAUGGGAUCAUUGGAAUGACGAAACUAAGCAGCUGUUCAACUCUAGUUACGAGGAUUUUCCAUAUCUACUCGACAUUAAGGUAGAUGAGUAUUUGUUUCGGUCUUUCGUUCAGUAUUGGAACCCCGCAUAUAGUUGCUUGACCUUUGGAAGGUUUGAUUUAGUACCCACUAUAGAAGAGUAUACAGCUUUGCUUCGUUGCCCGAGGAUCCAGGUUGAUAAAGUCUACUCUAGAGCCGUAAAUGUCCCAACCUUUGUGAAGAAGUUGAUGAACAUCACCGGAAUGGGGGAGCAGUGGGUCACGGUACGGAUCAAGCAGAAGGGGGAAAGCAGAUGCAUCCCUUGGAAAAGCCUGCAAGAGCUGAUUUUGGCACACCCUGAUACAAGGAAAAAGGUCGACGUUUUUGCUCUAAGCAUUUAUGGGCUAGUAAUUUUUCCUAAGGCACUAGGGCACGUAGAUGAAGCCACCUCAGACCUCUUUGACCGACUUGAAAAGAUGGUUACACCAGUCCUGGCCAUUCUGGCAGAAACCUUCAGGUCACUAAAUGCGUGUAGAAGGACAGUCUUCUCCGGAAACUAUUCGCCAUUAAGAGAGAUAGCAGCUACACCAAGGAGAGAUGAUAUCUCCGAAGAGAAAUGGUUGGCCAUUCUUCAGAAUCUUCAGAAGGAGGACAUUGAGUGGAGGGCCCCGUGGUUACUUCCGGAUGAGAUCUUGUAUCGAUGUGGUAAUUUUGAUUGGGUCCCAUUACUUGGAAUUUGGGGAGAUGUUGGUUAUGCUCCAUUGAUGGUGCUAAGGCAGUAUAGGUCAAGACAGUUUAUACCUGCAACCCAAGGCCUAGCUGAGUUUGAAUUCUCAUAUAAAGACGAUGGUUAUAAAAAGAAUAUCCGAGAGGUAACAAAGGCAUGGGACCAAACCCGACGGAUGAAGAGAUUAGUCGUAGGCCCAACCACGACUCCUGAAUAUAAUGAAUGGUGGGUUAGAAGGAUCAAUGAUAGCAUCCCAAAGUCAGGUCAAGGAGAUAGUCAAUCGAUAGAGGAACAUUUGCGAGUUGUUCCCCCCGAAUUGGAAAUUAUGAAACAAGAUUUUGAAAAGAGGAAUGCAGAGCUUUAA